GGAAGCAUCGACUUAUCUUGUUUUUACCUGUCAGGUGGGAGCGCGACUGUAGUUGUCGAUCUGUGUUGUGUUGUAUAUGGUAUUGCAAGUUCGAAAAUAAUAUACCGUAUAAAUAUAUAAAAUAUUUCUAAAUCCGACUAUUGUUAGCGUUUAGGACUUUCCUACAGAACGCGUUACUGAUGUGGAUUACUAAUAUGUGUAGUUAUUCGAAUUAAUUAUUAACAGUGGUUUGGUAAAAUGGCAUAUCGAAACGGUUACUCUGCUGGUGACAGGGAAAUGGAUAGGGAGGACAGAAUGAACGAUGGCGUGGAAAAGCCUGUUCACGUAAUAGAACAUUUGGCUACAUUCACGGUAACCAAAGAAACCGGCAUCAUCUAUCCCGCAGACGGAAUGAGGAGACUACUGCAAUUGGAAAAAACCAACGGUAUUUGGUCGCAGAAGAUGCAAUUAUGUCUAGACAAUUCUUGGGUUCUUAUUAUGGAUUACGAAACAGGGAGUGUGAUGGAGCGGUUUCCAGCGAAUUCUAUUCAAGAACCCACAGCAUUCAUGAGUCAGGAUCCAAUGGACUUGUACAACAAUAUUUUAGUAUUUAUUGUAACUAAUUCAAACCAAUCACACCCACCAGAAAUGCACAUAUUUCAGUGCCAGAGCAUAUCCGCUCAGGACUUGGUCGAGGAUUUGAACCACCUUCGAAUGGGCAAGGCGCUAACGCGUAGCCGUAAAAGCAGCAUCCCUCCGCCGUCGCACAAGCCGCCCCAGAAUGUCAUCAGCCCGGCGAGGGACGUCGCAAGGGAUUACCACGGAUCCGACUCGGAGCUGACGGCCAACAACGACGAUUCCAGCUCGACCACCAGCGAGAAAUACGAAAGGGACGUGACGAUUUUGAACCAUUGCUUCGACGACAUCGAGAAAUUCAUAGCUCGAUUGCAGCACGCGGCCGCUGCCGCCAGGGAGCUGGAACGCAGGAGGAAAACGAGGAAAACCAAGAAAAGAGACAUGGGGGACGGCAUGUUGACUAUGAGAACGAAGCCACCACCGGAGAAGGAGUUCGUAGAUAUUUUCCAGAAAUUCAAGCUUUCCUUCAAUUUGCUGGCGAAGCUCAAAGCUCACAUACACGAUCCCAAUGCGCCUGAGUUGGUGCAUUUUCUUUUCACGCCGUUAGCACUGAUUGUAGAGGCGGCUCACGAUACAUACUUCGAUCAGCACAUACCGCACAAUGUAAUAUCGCCGCUGAUGACCCGAGAGGCUGUUAAUUUGCUCAUGAAUUGCGUGACGAGUAAAGAAACCGAGCUGUGGCAUUCGUUGGGCAGCGCUUGGCUCAUUCCCAGGGAUCAAUAUAAGGGUCACGUUCCCUCAUACCACCCUGUUUUCAUGGACGGAUGGUCGCCGGAGUACCCGGUAGUCGACGAAACUGAGAUGAAAGCCUUUCAACACGAGGUGCCCUACCCUGGAGAUUACAACGAUUACCCUUCGUCCAGCCAGGAUAUGUACGAACGGAACAAUUCCCACCACCACCAAGACAAAGAAAUUUCAGCAGCGCUAGGCGAAAGUACUAGAAGCGAUAUAUCUGCGGAUUCGAUUGAGCGAAACAGCGGCGAGGAAAGAGGAUUUGGAAGAAACCAGGAAGCCUUUUUAGAAGACCUGCAAAAUAGAGGGGCUAAUAUUGUCCAAGUUACGUAUCCUCGAACGGCGAAUAAUGAUAAAGAAUUGACGGUCGUUCGAGGGGAAUUUUUAGAGAUUUUAGACGAUAGUAGAAAGUGGUGGAAGGCAAGAAACAGUAGAGGUCAGAUAGCUCAUGUUCCUCACACCAUCGUCACACCUUAUAUCUUCAACAAUCCACUCUACACUCAAAACUAUAGAAGAACGGAAUCGCCGGUGGAAAGAUUCAACAGGGAGCAUAGUCAAUCCGAACAUUCGCCGCAAUCAAAAAUUAGUGCCGAUUGGAUCAGAAACGAACGGAUUGAACAAAACCAUUCAGAAAACCAAGUCCCUCCACCGCCGCCUCCACCACCUCCUGCGGAAGAGCGACCGGUUAGUGAGCCGCCUACGCCCCAGCCAAUAAAGAGAACCCAAUCGAGGCAAUCGCUCAAAUCCACGAAAUCCAACGGGGAUUUGCAAGAAGAGCUCGUGAACGUCCUUACUCUGGUCAGGGAGAGGAACAAGCAGAGACAUUUGGAUAUCAAACAAACGCCACACGCUUACAUUGACCAGAGGUCGAAUCCAAAAGAGGUAAAGCAAUGGUUAAAUAUGAAAGGUUUCAAUACAAAUAUACAAGGUAAAUUUUCGGGAGUUAAUGGCCAACAAUUAUUCGAUGUUAAUAAGACGGAAUUAGAGAGAAUAUGCGGUAGAGAUGAAGGAAAGCGACUAUAUUCCCAAUUGAACAUUAUGAAAUCUAUCAGUGGAUAUCAAACGGUCAGAACAACGGAAUUAAAAGCAAUAUUGGCCAGAGCAAGAUCAAAAAUAGAAGAAACAAGGCGAGACCCAGAAAUGGAUGAAAUGUUCUAAUUAAUAUUAAUCACUUAUUGUUUCUUAAUCAAGUAUAUAAAUUGUAUUAUAUCGAUUUGUGUAUACAUAUUUUUAUUGUAGUUCCGGAUUCAGCUGUAUUUAUUCAAUAAAAUGAUAUAACAGUAA